GCAGGGCCAGGAGGAGCUGGCCACCCGAGGUGCCUCUGAGUCACUCUGUCCUCCCUCUGGACUGGCCGCAUCUAGAGGACCCCCCACAGAGACCCCAACCCCUCCAGGCUGAUCCAAGGCAGUGGUUGGCAGUGUCAGGGACUCAAGGCUCCAGCCAGGCAUCUCACCUUCUGCACUGAAGCAGGGAAGAGGGAGCCGUGAGCCCUCAGACUGACCCUGACGCCCAGCCACUCUUCACCUCGACAGGAUGAGAAUGUCAGGUGUGCUUCGCCUCCUGGCUGUAAUUUUUGCCGUGGUUACCACGUGGCUUUUCAUCCGUGAAUAUAUCAACUUCAACAUGAAAACCCUCCGCCUGCCCCGCUGGAUGGGUUCAGCCCACAAGAACUCUUCACAAUUGGUGAAGACCAAGUGUGGCCUCAGCAAAUCCUGCCAAGACAACUUCUUUGCGUUUAAAAUUGUCAGUGGGGCCGCCAACGUCGUGGGCCCCACCAUGUGCUUCGAGGACCAAAUGAUCAUGAGUCCUGUGAAAAACAAUGUGGGCAGAGGCCUGAACAUCGUCCUGGUGGACGGAACCACAGGAGUGGUGCUGAAGCAGAAAUGUUUCGACAUGUACUCUGGAGAUGCUAGCCUCCUGGCAAAAUUCCUUAAAGAAAUUUCAGAGCAGAUGCUGGUGCUGGUGGCCUCCUACGAUGACCCAGGGACCAAGAUGAACAAAGAAAUCAGGGAGCUCUUCUCCAACUUGGGCAGCACCCACGUGAUGCAACUGGGCUUCCGGGACAGCUGGGUCUUCUUAGGGGCCCAAAACUUCAAGAGUAAAAGCCCCUUUGAGCAGUUCUUAAAGAACGACCCAGAAACAAACAAAUAUGACGGCUGGCCAGAGCUGCUGGAGCUGGAGGGCUGUGUGCCCCGGAAGAUAUAGGGUGGCUGCGGCCCUUCCUGCCUGGGGCCGGAGGCUGCUCCUGCCUGACCUAGGGGUCGGAGCCCAGGAUCACUGCGAGUCAGACGGGCAGGAGCUGGCAGACAGCAGAGGAGAAGUGGGAGCAGCCGUGGGACAUGGAAAGCGCUGAGGGCCCUCCAGUACUCUGCCGGCUUCCUCUGCUGGAAACAAAACCUUCCCUGGGUAGACGCAUCCUCUCCGGAGCUGGCCAGCGUGCACUGGUCCUUCCGGAGCCGGCUGUCUGUGGAGAGAACAGGUGUGCUUUCCCUAGGGGACCGCUGACCGUCGCUCCCGGGGGAAGGACAGGACAGACUGCCUGCACCU